GCCAGUAGCGCUCGUGUAAUAAUGAAGCGCGAGCAGCAGUUCUGAAGGACAGCAGUGACCGUUCGCGUCUGUCAUUGACAUCAGGCGCUUCGGUUUGCUUGGCGAAACAAACGUCGAAAAACACCGCGACAUCCGCAGAUGAAAUGCACCUACCUUCAGCGCCCCAUUUUCUCCUUCUAGACCUCAAAGUCCUUCGCCGGUAAUGUAACAGGAAGAACGGGUACUGAUGUGACACAUCGGAUCUAUCUAUUGAGUGAACGCGCUUUCACAUUUAUCCGCUUUAUCGCAUAAUGAUGAGCUUUUUUGAUGUCUGCGAAACUAUCUGAACACGAAUAUAUUUAUCAGUGAGUUUGGUUUCCAGCGGUGCCAAUAACAUUCCCUGUCUACAUACCACCAGUUCUAUUCAGUCGGUCUUGAACGAGGAAACUGGAUAAGGAUGGAACCAGAGCAACAUAUUCAAAGUCAGUGCAAGACUAAUGAUAUGGCUUCAUCUGGACAACCAAAAGGAGCAGCAGAUACAUCCCCAUCGUCCACAUCUUCUCCUGCCCCUUCUACACCACCGAUGGCUCCAGCCAGGCCUCGUCGGCCCCAGAGGAGCUCGCGGGUGGAAGGAUCUAUUGACGUAUCAGAGCCCAAGCCUCCAGAAUCUCCUAAACCGCAGCAGCUGAGCAACGAGGCUGAACCAACCAGCCCCAACAGCUCCAAUCACCCCUCAGAUCCUCAGGCUAAACUCAGUGUUGAUCACGGACCUCCAAGUUUGGCUGGACAGAAGCUUUCAGGACAUACUGCAGUGUCUCGGAGCCACAUUGCAAUGAGGGCCGCCUCACUUCCUCAGGCCCCAUCAUACAGACCACCACCUACUGAUCCUGUCUUUCACCCGCAGAGGGCCCUGUCUGUCGCUGGGACCGCCGACACUCAGUCGCAGGUGGUGGAGGAUUUCAGGGUGCACAUUAUCACAUGGAACGUGGGCUCAGCCAUGCCUCCUGACGACAUCACUUCAUUACUGGGGCUGAAUGUUGGUGAUGGGAACACAGACAUGUAUAUUAUAGGCUUACAGGAAGUGAACUCAAUGAUCAACAAACGACUGAAAGAUGUUCUUUUCACUGACCAGUGGAGCGAGGUCUUCAUGGACGCUCUCAGCCCCUUUGGAUAUGUACUGGUCACUUCUCAGAGGAUGCAGGGAAUGCUGCUACUGGUCUUCGCCAAGUACUUUCACCUGCCGUUCCUGAGAGGCAUUCAAACACAGACCACUCGCACCGGCCUUGGCGGGAUCUGGGGGAAUAAAGGAGGCGUCAGCGCUCGCAUGAACGUGUUUGGCCAUUCAAUCUGUUUCUUGAACUGUCAUCUGCCUGCACACAUGGAGAACACAGACCAGCGCAUGGAGGACUUUGAAAGCAUCCUGCAGCAGCAGCAGUUUGAAGGACAAGCAGCUACAGGGGUCCUGGAUCAUGAUGUGGUUUUCUGGUUUGGAGACCUGAACUUUCGAAUCGAGGACCUGGAAAUGCAAGUUGUGAAAUCAGCCAUUGAUAAUAAUAAACUGUCCACUUUAUGGGAAAAGGACCAGCUGAACAUGGCUAAAGGCAGUGAGACUGUGCUGGAAGGCUUCCACGAGGGGCCGCUUAAAUUCACUCCUACGUACAAGUUUGAUGUGGGUACAGACAUGUAUGAUACCAGUGGUAAAAAGCGUAAGCCAGCAUGGACUGAUCGUAUUCUUUGGAGGUUGAGGCCGUUGGCUCAGGUCAGCAACAGCAUGUCAAAGCGCAGCUCCUUGUCAGGUCUAACCAGCGGAACUCGUGUGUCACAACAUUUUUACCGAAGUCACAUGGAGUACACCGUCAGUGACCACAAGCCUGUCUCCUCUAUUUUCACUCUGCAGUUCCCAUAUAGGGUGGACAUGCCUUUAGUAACACUCUUUGUAGAGGAUGAAUGGAGAGAGAUAUCUGAUGCAGUGGCCAAAUUCACCACGGCACCCAACUUUGGUCGAAGCUCUUGGGACUGGAUUGGGCUUUACAAGGUUGGGUUUAAACACCAUAAAGACUAUGUGAGUUAUGUUUGGGCUAAGCAGGAAGAGUCUGAUUUCUUGAGACAGGAGCACCAAGUGAUUUUUCCCGAGGAAGAAUUGCCAAAGGAUUCUGGGGACUUCAUACUGGGAUAUUAUAGCAACAAUAUGAGCUCCAUUGUGGGCGUCACCGAGCCAUUCCAGAUUCAACUGCCAGCAUCCGCCGCAGCUGGUCUGAGUCCGUCUGACAGCUCUGACUUCACAUCUGAUGACGAGGUGAAGAAGAGCGACUCCUGUGACUCCAGCCCUGAGACCGAAGAGAAGCAGAGCAGCAGCUGGAGCUCCAGACGAGCUGAAGGGAAGACAGCAAACCCCAAACAACCGCACUCCAAAGACACCUCUGCACAUUCCAGCUCCAGCAGGCCGGCCGGUGACCCCGUCGCCACGGAUGACAGCUCUAACUCAGGAAAAGAUGCAACCAAGAAGGAGGAACCUUAACUAAGCACAGCACCUUCUCUAGAGAAAGAUAUCAGCUUGAGGUUUCUGCUGGGUCUGUGAUGUCGUUGUACAUUUACUGUCCUGUGAUGUUGUUUGGAGAUGUUGUCUUACAUGUUGCAGGGCAGAGACAAGCGUUUAGUGUGUGGCUCUCUCCAGCAAACACAAGAGGGCAGACUAAAUUGUUUGUGACUGUUCUAUGUAGUCAUUCUAUUCAUAUUCUUCUUCUCCUAUUUAUUUCUAACUGCACAAGACUAAAUCAGAAACACUCAGAAACAAUCUUAGAUAUACAUGCACAAUAAUAUGUGAUCCAUGGAUUUGGUUUUCCAGGAUCAACCAGGGUUUACUGCACAACAGAACACAAUUCUGGUUCUUAUUGGAUAUACUGAAGCAGAUCCUCUUAAGUUUUCCAGUGCUCUUUUCCAAAUUCUAGUUGAGCUGCUUAUCUAGGCAUCAUUAGCUAUGUUUCCACCCAAAGUUGUGAAUUGAAUUUAUGCACAAAAUUGAAAUAUUGCCAUAAACUUUUAUAAAUAAAGCACCGUUUCCAUCCAGCGAGAUGAAGAGUACAAAGUCGUAUUUUCCUGAAAACUGGUGCUACAUAUCACUAAGAAAAGGUAAUUUUCCUCUGAAAGAAGUCACUGUGGGUCUUUUUUGUAAAAUAAAUUACGUAAGGCUCAGAGCACACAGACAAAAUGCAAUAAACACAGUCCUGGAAUCCUGCAUUUGGAGGCGGAUGCCUGCUGUUUGGAAAUGCAGAAAGUUCUGUAAGGUUAUCAUACUGAACCACUUUGGCUCAAGCUUUUAAAAAUGACACAUUUCAGAUGCUGUGCAACAAGAUCGGUCCACUGGUUGCACUAAGUCACAUGACUUUUUAGAUGCACAUCAUGGAUUUUUUUCAUAGAUUAUGUGCAUUUUUUCUUAUCAGAUAAAAAUGUAUCUGCCUCAAUUGAUUGCAUACAUUUUUUUGCAUCUUUGUGCAUCUUGCCAUUUCCAUCAUGUGUUUUUUUUUACGCAGUACCCCAAAAUGUGCAUAUAAAUAGGUGGAUGGAAACAUAGCUAUUGACACGCACCAGACUCCCAGACUUGAUGCUGUCUGCUAAAAUAUCUUGUUUUGUCAGAGCAUCUUACCCCUCAAGGAUUGGGCAAACCCAGACUGCACUGUGAGAAUACUUGUAAAUAUUAAUCAAUUCAGAAAAGUUUGAGUAAAACAGCUCUGUCUCAGUGACUAUUUCAGGCAAUAUUUAUGUGUGCUACGUAAUUUGCUACAUCAGAAUAACCCCAGACUUUGUCUUGUAAGGAGUCUGGUUUCUCACGGGAAGUGACUUAAAAGACUUACAUUUCAUUUAGGACGCUGCCUUGUAAGAUAGAUAGCAGAGAGCGAGGCAGUUCCUUAGGACUUUACAGUGUCCUGCCAUAGAGGAUCUCGAGAAUACCCUGCUGAAGGUGACAUGCUGUCAUCAGCACCUUAUUAAGCCAGGGAAAGGUUUAUUAUAACAAUACACAUGCUCUGAAAAUGCAUAUUUAGUCUCCUCAGGUUCUUGAAAGGCAGACACACAUAAAGGGAUGACUCUUGGCUAACGCGGCACUCGGUAAAGUACAGUUUGUAUAUUAUUCAUGUCCGUUCCCAUAUUAUCCAACUUUUAGCAUUUAAAGUAUUGUAGGACAAUGAUGAAGUCUAUUGCUCUCAAAGUUGUGACUGCUGUGCUGUCAUGUUCCUGUGGUUAAUGUUCUCAAAAAUAAUUUCAAAGUAAUGUCCUUUGACCUGCUAGUUUAAAGUCAACAUGAAAUGCUGUUCACAAAAACAAUGGAAAACAAGUGUAGUUGAAUGCAAAUAUGUGUUUUGUUUGAAUGGCACCUUAAGGUUCAUUCAUAACUUUUUAUUACUCUUAAAUGGAAGAAUAUGAAGAAAAACAUUUUUUUUUAAUGUAAUUUUGACCAGUGACUCCUGUGCUGUAAGGGCCUGUUCACAAAAAAUGUUUUUUUGCACUUACAAACACUGGGCAGUAGAAUGAAAAAAGCUCACUUUUAACUCGAGUAUUGCAUUUUGUGCUGUGCAUGCUGUGUCAUGCGUAUGAUGUUGCAAAAGUCAUGAUGGCAAAGGUCAAAAAAGUACUUACAGUGCAAAAUGCACUUGACAUACAUGAACAAUUUUUAGCUGGAAUGCUAUAUUUUUAGAAUGCCACGUCAUGUGUGAGACACUAUAAAAGAUGCAAGCACAAACAAACAAAAACAAAAAUAUUUUUUAAAUAAUAAUUAUGGAAAAGAUGAGCAGUGGAAUGCAAAAAAGAGUUUUGUGUAAACAGCUUGUUAAGAUGCAGUCAUACUCAUUUUUUAGUACACUUUCAUGGAAGAAUACGAAGACAGACAUUUUUUAAAUGUAAUGCUUAGCAGCGGAUCCUGCGCUAUAAAGGCUGGUUGACACAGAAUGAGUUGCAUUUUUAGAAUGACAUGUCAUGUGAGACACUGCAAAAGAUGCGAGCACAAGAGUAACAGACAUCCAUGUAGGCUAACAUAAGAAAAAAAAUGAAAAAGAAUUGGCAGUGGGAUGAAAAAAUUAGUUUUGUGUAAAUGGCCCAUUAUGAUACUUUCCCACAAACGUAUUAUUACAAUCUGAUGGAAGAAUACAAAGGAAAACAUUUUUUUACAUGUCGCAUUCACCAGUGACUUACGCGCUGUAAGGGCCAGUUCACAAAGAGCAUUUUUCUGUUUUAUAAAACACUGGAAUGAAAAAACGCAGAGACAUCAAUAACUUUUAACUUGAAUGCUAUGUGUUUGGAAUGCUGAAUUUUGUGAAAUCCUGCAAAAGAAGCAAGAUUCAAGUGCAAUGGUCAGAAAUGUAAGACUAGUGCAAGUUUAUGUAGAAAAAAAUUACAAAAGAAGUGCAGUGGAAUGCAAAAAGCAUCUUGUGUCAACAGCCCCUUAAGGUGUUUAAAUCGCUGCUAGAGUUUGCUAAAAUAGGCAUUCCUGUAUUAUCCGACUGUAACAGACAGCACAAUAUCACAUUGCUGCGUAUUUGCAUAAAGUUAAACUCUGCUCAACUUUAUCGCAUUGACAGCGUUUUCACCAAAUGAUUUCCAGUUGUUUUCGUCAGUGCAAAUCAAUGUCAGGGAACACACAAUCCAGAAUUGUGCAAACAGCAUCGAUUUUGAUUUCAUGUUGACUUUAAACGAUGAUUGCAUGGUUUCUAGCUGAUCUUUAGUCUGAUUUGUGACAAGUAUUGUAUCAUGACUGUACUGUACAUGUGGUAGGAAUCCUAGCAUAUGUGUUGUUUAGGGCUUUCUAGGAUUUAUCCUACAUGGUAAGAUCUCUGGUCUCCUCUUCAUCUCUUCUCCUUUCUCUGUAUUUCCUCUCCUCUCUCAUUCCUCAUCUUGUCUUUUUUGUCUCCAGUUCGACCCCUCCAGGGUCCUGGUAUCUGUUUUGACGUCGUCUACAGGGCUCUACUAAGUGCUCCGAUAUCGUAAUCUAUUGGAUUAGUAGUUCGUAACCCAUAGAAAUUUUGUACCAUGACUACUUAGCCUUAGGACACGUGGCGUGCUGUCUCACUGUUUACAUGGUUAGCUGAGUGAGAGUAUAAGCGUCAGUGUAUAUGUCUGUGCAUGGACGUGUCAUGGAUAUUUACAGUAUUGUGCUGUUGCCACCUUAAAAUAUUGUAGAGGUGUUGAGAAGUCACACUUCUAGAUGGAAUAGAGAAAAUGUGGACGAUGGAAGACAUUAAAUAGUUGUUUUAUAUUCUGAUCUUUAAAGUUUGCUGUUAGAAUAUCUUUGGAAAUCACAAUCUGGCAUUCUGGAACAAGAUACUUUUUACUAGAAAUACUGCAAUUUAAAUAUGGAAGCAUAUGGGUAGCAUUAUUCAAUUUGGGAUGUAAUAUGCAAAAUGACAAUGCAAUAUGUA